AUGGCCACCUGGGCCGUCAUUGCCAGUUCCCAGAAAUGCAUCAGUGAAGACUUCUAUGUGGACCUGUCGGAGAACCAGCUGGGAGCAGUGGGAGCCCAGGCUGUCUGUGCUGCCCUCAUGGUGAACCCAACCAUGCAGAAGAUACAGCUGGCAGGAAAUGGCCUAGACGAGCAGGCAGCCCCGUACCUUGCUGAACUCCUGCUGGCCCACACAGGCCUGAAAUCCCUGGACUUGAGCUAUAACCAGCUGAAUGACCAAGCAGGGGAGAUGCUUGGACCAGCCCUGGCAGAAAAUACUGGACUCACCGAGCUUAAUAUAAACUGGAAUCACCUUCGAGGACCAGGAGCUGUAGCCUUUGCCAGGGCACUGGAGGCAAACAUCUUCCUGAGAGUCCUGGACAUCUCAUACAAUGGCUUUGGAGAUCCUGGAGCAUCUGCAGUGGGUGAGGCACUUAAGACCAACAAUGUGUUGGAAGAGCUCAACAUGAGCAACAACCGCAUCUCUGCAGUGGGAGCCCUGAGCCUGGGCCUGGGCCUCCGGGUCAACCAGACACUGAGGAUUCUUGUUAUGUCCAGGAAUCCCAUGCGAGGUGAAGGCUGCUUUGGAGUUCUAAAGUCUGUCCGGGAUAAUCCAGGGUCCGCCCUGGAACUGCUGGAUUUCUCUGAUAUCCAAGUGGACAGAGAGUUUGAUGACCUCGCUAUCUCAGUGAAGGUAAUUCUUCCAGCACUCCAUAUAAAGACUGCUGCCCACAGAGUGGAGUAAAAAGACUUGCCUCCAGUCUACACCCCGUCCCUACUGGCGUCUGUCCCUAAGUGACUGCGGUAUGUGGCUUCCUCUCACAUUGGCCACUUCACCUUCAAUAUGGAGGGUUCUUGGCCUCAUGAUGCUUUAUUACCACUUGAGUCUGCAGUGAGUCCCAUGUCAGCUGGGUGGUAAGUCCUGUGGAGCCUGUCUUCAUGAUGACUCAGACAAUCGUACCCUCCUCUCCAUCCCAUGGCCUCUGUUAAUGCAGAGUGUGGGCCUUCCUUUGCUCACACUAAUUUCCGUAACAUGAACUUGUGCUGUGUGCUACAUGUUGAGCUGGGUAUGGGGUCAAAGAUCUCCAAAGUUCCUGCCUUGGUGACUUCAAGAGACCAUGAAAAUAUAAGGUGGUGUGUGACUGGCAUUCCCAAACUCAACUUGCCAGAGCGCAAACUGACACAACGUUUUUGGAAGGUUUUAUGUACCAAGAGCCUUAAAACUGCCUAUGUCCUUUGAUUCAAUGGUCUGACUAAUCUGCUCUUCAGAAAUAACCAGAGAUGCAUAAAAAUAUUGAUGCCCAGGGGUGCCUGAGUGGCUCAGUAGGUUCAUGCGUUUGAGCCCCGCAUCGGGCUCUGUGCUAAAAGCUCAGAGCCUGGAGCCUGCUUCAGAUUGUGUCUCCCUCCCUCUCUGCUCCUCCCUCACUCGUGCUCUCCCUCUCUCUCUCUCUCACACACACACAAAAGUAAAUAAAUAUUUUUAAAUGUUUCACAAAAAAAUAUUGAUGCCCAAAAAUGCUCACUGAAAGGCUGUUUAUAAUAUGAAAAUUGGAAAUAAUCUAGAUGCCCAAUAACAGGGGACUGAUUAACUAAGAAUUGGAACUCUGCAAUCAUUAAAAGCCAAGUGUUCAAAAAACAUUGAACACGUUAACAGUUUAUGAAAAAGCACAUGGUUAAUGUUAAGUGAGAAAAUCAGGAUUGAAAAAAAAUCACAUGGUUUGUCUGGCAGUUCCUUAAAAAGUUGAACCUGUAGUUUAUCACAGACCCAGCAAUUCGUGUCAUAGAGAAAUGAAAACAUGUGUUCACAGCAGCUUUAUUCAUAAUAUCCACAAAGUACAAAUGUCCACCAACUGAUGAAUGGGUAAAUAAAAUAUGGUAUAGGGGCACCUGGGUGGCUCAGUCAGGUGAGCAACUGGCUUUUGAUUUCGGCUUAGGUCAUGAGCUCACGAACCUUGGGAUGGAGCCCUGCAUCAGGCUCUGUGCUGUGCGUUGGUGGAGCAGAGCCUGCCUCGGAGUCUCUCUCUCCCUCUCUCCCUUGCUCUUUCUUUCUCUCAAAAUGAAUAAAAUAAACAUUAAAAAAUAAAAUAAAAAUGGUAUGCCCAUACAAUGGAAUAUUAUUUGGCCGUAAAAAGAAAUGAAAUUUGAGGUGAUGAUAGCAUUCUAAACUUGCUUGUGGUAAUGGCUGCACAACUCUGUGAAUAUACCAAAAGUAAUUGGACAUUUUAAACAGAUGAAUUGUAGAGUAUGUGAACUGUAUCUCAAUAAAGCUGUUUACAAGAAACAGGAGUGAAGAAUCAUGCUACCACAGGCAUGUAUCAUGUAACAGGAGGAAUGUGUCAUGCUACAACAUGAAUGAACCUUGAAAACAUGAUGCUGUGAAAGAAGCCAUUCACAAAAGACCACAUAUUGUAUGAUUCCGUUUAUAGGAAAUGUCCAGAAUAGGUAAAUCUACCAAGACAGAAAGUAGAUUAGAAGUUGCCUAGGGCUGGGGCGCCUGUGUGGCUCAGUGGGUCGAACAUCUGACUCUUGAUUUCAGCUGAUUGUGAUCCCAGGGGAUUGAGUCCUGUGUCUCCAUGCUGAGCAUGGAGGCUUCUUGGGAUUCUCUCACUCACUUGCUCUGCU